AUGUCCAUACCUUACAAUAGACAUUCAGCCUACCAUUCAAGCUCAAGCCUCGAAUCUUUAUCAACAUUAGGGUUCUCAUUACCAGAUUCACUUGCUGCAACAGCAACAGCAACAACAACUGAAAAUGAUAGCAACAAUGAAAAUCAUUCUUCGGCCCCACUAUCACUAGCCAGCAUCCGGCAUUCACUCGAUACACUACAUGAAAUAAUACCAAACUCAGAUACUGACGUGGAUAUGGAGGUAAUGCCCAUGAUGAUGGCAGAUCCAGGUGUCCCUGAAAUUGAUAUGGAGGACGCGCCUCCGCCAUCAUUAACAGGUCUUCGGAACCGGGCCCAAACACAAGAAGAACCAUUGGUAGAAGAGUACCAGUUACGAAGGUCUAAACAACCUGUAAUGGUGGCGCGGGAACAAAACCAAGAAACUCAGGUCCCGGAUCAUUCGAGUACCGCACAAAGCACGGCCUCUUUACUAUUUUCACCAACCCUUGCCGGGGCUCAUCUGGCACUUUACCAACAUCCUCCAGAACCAAGUUUAUCACCAGCCCUUGACAAUCUUAGCAUUAAUGAGACAUUUACAAGUACAAGUACAUUUGAUCAAAAACAUCAUCAACAACAACCACAACAAAAUCAACAAAAUCAACAUCAACACGCCGUUGCUUACCCCCCACAAGACCAGUCACCUGCUUUGCCUACCCCAACACCCGCAUGGAUCGCAGCAAUGGCUGCGCACUUGGACCGUCAUCACGCAUUACAACGGGCAGCUCUAACUCCGUAUGUGGUUUCGUCGUAUUUACAACUCUUUGCCAACGCCGCCAUUGUUGUGUUUGCAGGUAUUGCAUUAGCUGGUGCCGGUCGUGCUUUGCGUCGUGACGUGCUAUCCAAAAUGGCUUCCAAACGAGCUGCACUGUUGUCGGCUGCCCAACGCUGUGCUGUCGAGUAUGUGCGCAACGAAUGUCGCCCAGAUGUCCGUGUGCCUGCGCUUGACGACGCGUGCAGAGCUUGGGAGCAUUGUAUGGAUCAAGCACUACCAUUUUUGGGUACUUCUCAGGAGACACCUUCUGAGGUUUCUGGGAUACUUUUGAACAAUGGGAAGUUAAUGAUGAUAGAAGAAGAAAAUGCAGGUGAUAUGGCUUACUUCCCUGCGCUGGCAGAAACCCUGGCAGAUAUUGCAAACGCGUUUUUCGAACCUGUGACACUGAAAAGUCUGGCUGCAAUUAUUCUGAUGGUGAUAGCAACGGUGUAUGUAAUUAACUUUGGGUUCGGAUACCUACGUGCAGUAACGUUUUACGAGCGGGACUCGAGACGAGGAAGAAGAUCAUCUGCAUCUGGGGUCGAUCCCCAAGGAGCUGCAGCCAUUGCGGCCGCAUACUACGAGCUUCAACAAAAGCAAAUUAAAAAUUAA